CAGAUGCACACAUUGGCAUGUGCCCUCCACUCUGGGCAUAGUUGUGUGUUGUGUCAUGCCUGCAGGUAGACAAGGCACCUUUUCAGUGCAGCUGCAUGUGCUCCAGAGAGUUGGGCCUUGUGAACUACGGGUCAGGCCCAUGCGGGCCAUGUGUGUCCUGCACAUGGUUCAGAUGUGUUCAUUUGGGGAUUUAUUUUGUGUUUUAGCUCGUUUCUUUCCCUAGGAUUCCUCUCAUCUGGAUUCUUUUACUUGGACUUGGGGCUCUGGGCUGGUCCCGUUUCCUCUGUCUUUGGCUCUACGUUCUACUCUUUCCUCGUGCUUUUCUACGAGUUCUCCGUUUCUGCUCCUGUGGCUUCAUUUCUCGGCUCUCCCCUGUGUUCUCUGGAAGUCCCUUUUUGUAGCGCUCCGUUCUGGUUUCAGAACAACACAUGCCGUCCUGGGGAUGGCAACGAGGGCAUGUUGUGUGGAGCCUCCUUGGAGGCCUGGUGCAGUGUGGCUCAGACGUGAGUGCGCCUGGUCGUCUGGAGCCUUGUCCUGCUGCUGUCGGCUGCAUGGCCACGGGCACGUUCCCCCUGACCUGUGCCCAGGGUCCUCGUCUGCAGGGUGAUGCUGUCUUCGCCACCUGCAGUCUGUGAGCAUUAGCCUCUCUCCUUAUGACCACGUUUUCAUCUCUGGUGAUGCUGUUUCCUCCACGCUGUGCCCCUGUGUGCCUCGGGCUCCGCCUGCCACCUCAGCCACCUUCAGCUGUGGCCUGAGCCUGCCAGGUGCUGGGGAGUGGGUGAGCACGCUGCUCCCAGCCGAGACCUGCACUCCUCCAGGGCAGCAUGCACACCGCCAGCCUCCUCUCUCCCUGCUGACUGGGCAUCUCCUCUCAGGAAGCAUCAGGAAAGUGAAGGGAGGUCCAGUGGCGACUUGGGCAGGCAUGUGGGAUUGAGGCCUGAGGGACCCAUGGAAAGGCAAACCGUUUUGACUUCAUCAGGGAUUGUCGAGAGUAUGCACCGAGAAUCCCUGGCACCCCCAAGUCCUUCUCAGGGGUACCUGAGGUCCUCUGUCGGCCAGCUCUCGCUGUAUGGGGCUGGAUUCCUUCAUACGCUUCAGGUGAACUGCUGAGACCGCUUGUGCUGGCGGCAGGCAUGGGAGCCCAGCGUUCCUGAGUGUAAGACUCUGCUGCUAUUGGGGAAGAUGUUAUUUUUCAUGAAGAUAUGCUGUUCACAUUAAUAGCUCCGUGGGAAGGUGACCUUCCAAGAAGAUGUCCUAUGGAUCCGUUGCUGGCAGCAGUGGCUUGGGGAGCCAUGGCCCUUUCGGGGGACCCUCCAGACAAGGCUGUCAGCCCGUAGACUGUGCUAAAUGUUGGACUGAGUAUGGAAUCCGCCACUUCCCCUGCUGCCCAUCGCCAGAGAGCAGCCCUCAGGACCCCGGUGUGGGCCAGGAUGGGGAAGGUGACCUGGGCCCGGCGGGCACGCCCAGAGGCUUGAGGGCCAGGAGGCGAGGGCCAGGGGCUGCCCCCGAAGGAGGUGGGACUCCGGAGCCCACCUUGCCAACCGCGACCAGCCCAAGAAGGGAUUUGGCUGCUGGGAUCUGGGGCCGGGUGGCGGGGUGCAGUGCCACCCGGGCCAAGAAGAGGAAGCCCAACUUCUGCCCACAGGAGAUGGAGCUGCUGGUGAGCAAGGUCAGCAAGCACCACCAGCUUCUGUUUGGCCCGGGGCUGCUGAAGGCAGAGCCCACCCGCAGGUACCGUGUGUGGAGCCGCAUCCUGCAGGCCGUGAACUUGCUGGGCUACUGCCAUCGUGACCUCGUGGACCUGAAGCACAAGUGGCGGGACCUGCGUGCCGCUGUGCGGCGCAAGCUGGGCGACCUCCACAGGCUGGCCCGUGGUCCGGGCUCUGGCAAGCCCCAGGCCCUGGCCCUCACACCAUUCUCCUGCCAGGCCUCGUCCUCCAAGGGCCUCGGCCAGGAGCCCCUCAGAGCUGCCCAGGCGGAGCCCGGUGACCUCCACAAGCUGUUCCAGGACACGUCGGCCAGCGUCUCCCGAAUCAGCUCCAAUGUGACCUCCUUGGAGCAGAGCCUCCGGUCCCUGGGGAUGCCGAGUGACACGCAGGAGCUGAGGGACAGCCUGCGCAUGGUGCAGCAGGAGACCAACAGAAUAGUGGCCACCAGCGCUGGUGCCCUGAAGCAGAUGGCAGAACUCCUGCAGGGCUGCCCCCAGCAGGAGCGUCUUCGGCUGAACUGCCUAAAAACUCAUCUCUCAGAUGCCAUUCAGCACUACGGAGUGGUGCAAAAGAAAAUUGCUGAAAAGUCCAGAGCACUACUUCCUACAGUGCAACGCAGUGGCAGGCAGCAGGGUCCCCAGGCCACUUUUGCUGAGCUGGCUGACGACGACAAGAUCCUUAGCGGGGGUGACAGCAUAUGGCAGGGCCAGGAGCAGGUGCUGCUUCCCGAGAUCACCGAAGAGGACCUGGAGGCCAUUCGGCUGCGCGAGGAGGCCAUCCUGCAGAUUGAGAGCAACUUGUUGGAUGUGAACCAGAUCAUCCAGGACUUGGCCUCCAUGGCGUCAGAACCAGGAGAUGCCAUCAACAGUAUUGAAGCCAGCCUUGGGGCUACGUCCUUGCACACAGAGGCAGCCAGCAAGCUCCUGGUUGGAGCCAGCCGGCACCAAUGGAUGAGGAGGACGAGGCCCCCAGCUCCAUGUGGCUCCCUCUGUGGACCCUGGAUGGGCCCAGCCUGCCCGAACCCGACCCCCUGGACCUGCGAGGAGCCUUCUCCGCGCCCACCUCCUCGCCCUCUCCACCCUCCUCCACAGCACCCCUGCCCUCCGGGAGACCCGCUGAGGCCUCUGAGUUUGAGCUGCGGCUGCUGGACUCCCACCGGCAGCAGGGUGCCCUGCUCGCCUCCUGGUCCCGGCAGCAGAACGCGUUGAUGGCGCAGCAGAACCUGCUCCUGCAGCGGCUGGCUGAGCAGAGCCAGCGGCUGGCCAAUGGUGUUGAGGCCCUCAACCGGACCCUCGAGAGGCUGGUGGAGGCCCACCCGAUGGGAGGAGGUUCACCCCUGGUCCUGGACAGCACCCCUGCUGGCGGAGUGGCCCAGGGACCUGCCAAAUGCAGCCCCCAGGACACCCACAUGGGCCUGGAGGUCUCAGGGAUGAUCCUGAAGGUGGAGGAGGCCUAGGGUCUGGUCCCUGGGGACCAUGGACAGAGCAGAGACAUUAGUCGUCCUCCGUUUAAGGGGCUGAGGGAGCCGUGGGUGAAGACGGGGCCUCGACGGAGCCAGAGGGGGCGUGGAUGCCUGCCUGUGGUCGCCCCUUCCAUGGCUGGCUCUGCGGGGCUCGGCGACGCGCUGGGAAAGGCUUCCCAGAGUCGGCCUGCCGGGGGCCAGGGCAGAGGCCACUCCGCGAGCUGCAGCCGGAGGAGGCGGAGGGGCACUGGCCGAGAGCCCGGCCUCUGGUCCUCACCUGCCUCUGACCAGCUGGGUUGAGGGCCAGGGAGGACACGGCGCCUCCGGCCGCUGACAGUGAACGAGCAGGUGGCCGCCCCUGCUCUCGGGUGGGCCGCCCUCCGUGCUCCCCGCUCAGGCCCUGCACGGAGGCCGGGGCCUUUCCCGGCUCCCAGCAAUUCCUCUGGCCGUUCCUCCUCUGGCCCUUGUGCGGCCCCUUGGGAUGGCGCCAACUUCCAGCGCUGCCGGGCAGGGCUCAGGCCGCAGCCACGUAGCAUGGGAGCCGGUGGGGCCGAGGGGAGAGCAUGUGGCCCUGUCCGCCAGCCUCGUGGGCCUGGCCUCAUGCCCUCUUCCCCUCUGCCUCCUCCUGACCCUGUCCUGGCUCCGCUGUGGCGCUGGUGGUCUAGGAUGCCCGCUUUCCUGCUCUGAGCAGCAGGACUGGCAGGGCUGAUAAAAAGCCUUAUCCGGAAGCAGGAGGCGGAAGUACCAGCGGGGGCUGGACAGGGUGCUGGUCCCAGGAUGCCCAGGGGAGCCCCAGGGCCAAGAAUAGCCGAGCCCAGGGGUCACGGGCCCAGUGGGAGGGAUCUCUUCCUGCUUUUCGGUUCCUACCACCGGCCGGCAGCAUGCCUGUGACCGUCCGCGGGACAGCCUCCGCCGCAGGACUCCGCAGCCGCCCACCCAGCCGCCGACUGCCGCACGGCCCGCUCGCCUGCCACCCCUCUCCUUCUGUGGGUCCAAGUGGCACCACUGAUUCCCCGUGGCAGCCUGUCACUCACAUGGCUCCUCCUGAGCAGCUUUCCUUCCACUCUACGAAGCCCCCUCUCCAUCUCAGGGCCGAGAAGCCCUCGAAAAUCCUCAUUCCAGGGGAAGGGAUGACCCUCCCGUCCACUAACAGAUGCACACGGUAGUGGACGUCUGCUCCCACAGCACCGAGCGCUGCUCCUUGGCCCCUGUUCCAGUGUCUGCCAGCCGGGCCCUGGUCGCACUGACCCUGACCUGACCGCGGUCCGCCCCGUAUCCCUACCUGGCCAGGCCCUAAGUGCUGAGACAGCGGAAACACCCCGCCGGGGAGGGCCCUCCUCCCAGGGCCGCCAUCUGCUGUAGACACAACACUAAACACGUGAAUGGUUGUUUGGUAACUGUUACUCUGAGUUGAAACUGGGUUCAGCUGCAUCUGACAGAGGCCCAGAAUGACGUGUGUGGAUGCCGCAGGCAUGGAUCUUACAGAAGAGAAGGUCGGUGAGGCAGAGCUGGCAGGUGUCCCCACGGGCCUCGGAGACCCCAGCGGUGGGCAGUCUCCGCUCCGCUGUGGUGCUGGUGGUCCAGGACGCCUGCUUUCCUGCUCUGAGCAGCAGGACUGGCGGGGCUAAGAAGGGUGCACCCUCCCGCAAGGACACCUCUGCUUGCGUCACAUCCCUUUGGCUGGAAGUGGGCCAGGUGCCCAGGCUGUGUUGCUGAGAAGCCAGGAAUGUCUGUGGUGUUGCCUAACAUGGAGGUUCUGUUACUGCGGGGGGCAGGGGGUGGGGUUGCCGAGCAGGCAGCCAGCAGCCCACUGUGGGGCUGACGGGAGACCCGCCAUCCUGAGGGCAGGGAGGCCUCUGAGGAAGGUAUCCAGGCAGAGGCCUUAAAGAUGACUUGGCAGCCAUCAGCGGGGGCAGGAGGGUGAGGGGCACGGCGUGGAGGGGGGCCAGCAGUGUGCAGGCAGAGAGUCAGCAAUGAGGUUGGGGAAAAGCCACCCGCCCCUGCUUUGGGCACAGAGAAAGAGCAUCUCCAGAGGGGAGCCAGCAAAGGCUGCAGUGCUGGGGUCAGGCAGUGUCCUGUGCCUCCAAAGGGCCCCGGGGCAGGGAAGGAAGGGUCCUGAUUUGGAGCUCCGGGAAGGUGUCAGUGGCCACCCCAGGACAUGGUCGUGCGGCAUCCUGUGACUUGACUGCAAGGCCUUUGUGGCAUGUUCCAGAAGCAGCAGGCAGGAGAGUGGCUGGGGUGGUUCUGUUAGAGCUCGGCAGGCUGCAGGUCCCCCCAGCCCUGGCCAGGUGGUCAAUGUGAGGCUGGAGCAGGGAUGAUAUUCAGGGUCGGGGGCGCCAGGGGCAGGCCUCCAGCCGGUUUCAGUGCUCCAAGUUCAUGCCCUUUACCCACACCGUGCUGCCUCCCCAGGAGGUGAGCCUCGUCCAUCCGACCCGGGAUGAGUGAGACCAGGUCCCCUCACUGGGGGUACUUCAGGGAGGGAGGGGGGCAGCUCAGACCUCCUGGCCUGUUGUGGGUUACGUAGCCAAGCGGAUCUCCUGCCGCAGAGCAGGAAAAAACCUGCGACUUCAAAUGCUUUGCUGGCCCACAGAAAGCAAAUAAAUAGCCAAUAGCCAGUCUCCACCCACCCCCAUCCUCCAACCCCAGCCCACCACCCCAAUCGAAAGGGCCUAUAUGGGAAGCGAGUGGAAAGCUGACCUGAGAUCCAGACCUGGCCGAAGCCCUUUCUGGGGGAACGGGCCUCGGCAGACCCCGGGUGCUCGGAGUGCGUGAGCCACUGAGAUGGCUCCGUCUGUAAGGGGGGCAGGCUGCUGGGGGAAUGGCAGAAAACAGAACAACAGUGUAAGGCCCUAUUAUGGGCUGAGUGGUGUCCCCAAAAUUCAUAUGUUGAGUCCUAACCCCCAGCACCUUACAAGGUGGCUGUGUGUGGAGAUGGGGUCUUUACAGAGGUGAUUAAGGGGAAUGAGGUCAUGUGGGUGGCCCUGGUCCAGUCUGACUGGUGCCCUUACAACAUGAGGCGAUGAGGACGAAGACCCGCACAGAGGGACGACCAGGUGAGGACAUGGGGAGAAGGUGGCAUCUGCCUGCCAAGGAGAGGGGCCUCAGGAGGGCCCAGCCCUGCGACACCUGGGUUGUGGCCGUCCAGCCUCCAGCCUGGGAGACAAUAGAAUCUGUUGACUGAGUCCCCGGCCUGGGGGAUUUGGGAACGUCAUGCAGUCUGCGCAGACCACCUCACACAGCUCAAAGGAUGUCAGCUGUGGGAAUUAGCUGGGUCACAAUGUCAGACAGUUUCUAAGAAGUAUUUUUAAAAGAUGAGAUCACAAACAUGAGCAAUAAUAGAUCAUCAGGAGUCACCGAGUGUGUGUGGAAAGGAUCAGUUACAGACUUUAAGAGCUCAGUGCGUAUGUCAGGCAGUGCAUUUGGUCCCAGAUGAGCAAGAAGUGGCAAGCUGGAGGCCUGUCUGGAGGAAAGUGCGUGGCGAGAGGGAGAAGGGGGCUGCGGCAGAGGGACCGAGACGGAGAUGGGUGAGAGACCCCACACCAUUGGAUGGAGGCCGAGGAGGAAUGGAGCUACUGCAGGAGAGGUGGCGAGGCCGCACCAGCCAGCCCUGGGGCUGCACGAACGCAGGAAGCACCUGAUGCCCAGCGGUGGGAACAGAAGGAUGAGGCCACAGUGAAGAGACGGCGGAUGCUGCACAGAAGGGACAGAAGGGGUGCGCGUCUCCUAGCCAGAAAGGGAAGGAGGGAUGGCGAUCUGCUCACAGCGGCUCAAGGUGGGCAGCCGGGCAGCAAUGAGGUACGUCUGCAAAGCAGUGGGAAGAUCAGUCAGUCGCCCUAGGGUGGUGCGCCCACAGAACUGCCUGUCAAGAACAAAGACAAAAUGCGGACAUUUCCAGACAAGUGAAAACUGUGAGGGUUUCCCACCCUCAAAGAGACUUUUGCUAAAGCAGUUGCUGAAGGGUGGGCGGCAGUUUGGAAACCGGGCUGGGAGGCUGGGAGGCUGGGAGUGAGGACGCUGGGCAGCGUGUAGGCAGACCUGACCAGUGACUGUGCAAGUAAUAAAGCUAGUCUGUGAUGAAAUAACCAUUCUGACACGAUGCCUACUUUGUGGGGUUAAAUUUUAGAAAGGACAGAACAGCAGCCAGACAGUGAUUACGUUUGUUAGGGGCCCGAGCUCGUGUUUCUUACAGGGAGGUUAAAUGCUGGUUGAUUUUAGCUCGUUAGUAACUAUAUGUGGGGGAAACUCAAGGGUUCCUUCAUUAAAAUUACAAACUUACACUCCAUAAAACACCCUGUGAAGAGGGUGAAAAGACAAGCUACUCCCUGGGAGAAAGUACUCACAGCUCGCACAUCCGAUAGGCUUGUAUCCUGAGCAUCGGGAACUCGGUUCUGCAGAAAGAAACACGAUUGAGCAAGAGAGCAGGCCCAAGGGGUGAGCAGACCCUCACCGAAGGGGGCAUGGGGUAGUGGGCAGGCAUCCGAGAUGCUCACCACCACCAGCCACUAGGAAACUGAGCCACAGCGAGGUGCUGCUCAGAAAGGCUCAGACAAGCGACGGGGGCCCCCGGAGGGGCUGGGCCAUUCUUGCACUGCCGGUGGGGAUGUGAGGUGCCAGAAGACUGGUGGAUUCUCAAACAUUUAAGUAUACACUUACAAUACUGCCCAGCAAUUGCACUCCUGGGCAUUUAUCCUAGAGAAACAAAACAGUCAUGUUCAUGCAAAAACCUGCACACAGGUGUUCCUAGCAUCUUUACUGUAACAGUCCUAAUUGGA